AUGGAUAAAAAGAAACCCAGUGGUGCAUUUAAACGCAAACAACGCCAAGAAAGAGAAGAUAGUAAACAAAAAUUGCCCAAAAUUGGCAAGUUUUUUAGUCAGCCUUCUGCAAGUACAUCUGGCCAAAAUAUUUCUAUUGAUAGUGACUCAAAUAACGUGGUAACUGCAGUGUUGGUUGAGAAGCCUACUGAAGAAGAUUCGACAAUUAUUGCAGUUGGAGAUACCUCCGCCGCCGAUCAUGUGAACGUGGAUGAUGUUUGCAUGACACACAUAAGAGCGGAGGGUUUGGAGGAACCACAGACCUCUACAUUUUUCGAAAAUGUGUACGACAAAUCUUCUUGUGACUUGGGAAACUUCACAAACAAGAUAUUAAGUGAUAACGAAAAACGUCAAAUUCUUGAUAUGGGGCCUUUACAGCCUUCAGGACCUUUUCCAACAGACAUCAACCAGAACAAUAGGUGUUUUUCAAAAUCGUACUACGUUUCGUGUUCUAAAUAUGGGCCAGUUAAUCGUUUUUGGUUGUGUUAUUCCAAAAUACUAGACGCUGCCUAUUGUCAACCCUGCUGGUUAUUUGCUUCACAAAGGAAUAAUGUUUGGUGUACGGGAAUUCGAGAUUGGAAGCAUUUAUCAGAAAGAAUUAAACAACACAGUUGUUCGAGUGGCCAUUCGGAAGCAUGUGCUGUGUAUGAAUUUUGGAAAAAAAAAAAGACUAAUACUAUCGACAAGGAACUUGAAAAUGAAAUUCGCAAAGAAGCAUCAUUUUGGAAAAUGGUUCUUCAAAGGUUAUUCGAUAUCAUACUUACCCUAGCAAAGAGUUCUUUGGCUUUGAGAGGACAUCAAGAAGACUUAAGUCAGAAAGGAUACCACGGAAAUUUUCUGUCCUUUGUAGAGCUUGUCGCCCGAUAUGAUCACAUUUUGCGGCAAGUUUUGGAUAUGCCCAAAGGAUCUACAAGAUAUCUGAGUGCAACAAUUCAAAAUGAAAUGAUUGAGAGCUUGGGGACCAAACUCGAAACCCAUCUACUAGAACAAAUUAGAGCGUCACCGUUUUUUGCCAUCAUAAUGGAUACGACACAGGACAUAUCGAAGGUAGAUCAGCUAAGCAUUGUUGUGAGGUAUGCAGUAAUAACCAGAUCGGAAAAUGGACAGCCAAUUGAUAUAGAAGUAAAAGAAGUGUUUCUAGGCUUUUAUGCAGCCAUCAAACAUGGCGCAGUAGAUUUAGUCAACCAAGUGACAACAUUAUUUAUCGACAAAAAUAUUGAUUUAAAAAAAUGUGUGGGGCAAGGCUAUGAUGGAGCCAGUGUGAUGAGUGGUGUGUAUAAUGGUGUACAAAAACAUAUUAAGGAUAUCCAGCCUAACGCAGAGUACGUACAUUGUGCCACUCAUAAUUUAAAUUUGGUGAUAAAUGAUGCCGUUAGCAGUUGUGUGGAAAUACAGAUUUUUUUCGCAACGUUGCAAGAUUUGUAUAACUUUUUCGGAAACAGCAUCAAACGUUGGGAUCUACUGUCAAAAUUCACUGGCGAAUCGGACACCACUCUAAAAAAACUAAAUCCGACUAGAUGGUCCAGUAGGGUCAAUACGAUAUCUGCAAUAAAACUUCGUUAUUUUGAUAUUAUCAAAGCAUUAUCAGAAAUAGUUCUAAAGAGUCCUAAUAAAGAUGAGCGUAGUGAAGCAGAGAGUAUUAAAACAAAAAUGCUAAAUUUCGAGUUCGUGUUGCUUUGCGAAUUCAUGCACAGUGUAUUGAACGACAUCAAUUAUGCAUCCAAAACUUUACAAAAAUGCGACAUCAAUUUGGGCGAGGCGAGUAAAGUUUUAGCAGAGACCAAAGCAAAGUUGCAAAUUUAUAGAAAUGAUUUCGAAUUAUUCAAGUGCAAAGCCAGUGAAACUGCAAGAAAAUAUGCAAAAAUGGCUGCUUCUAACCAAUGUAACACUACAACUUUAGAACAGAAUUUAAAAACUUUAAAGGAAAUGGAUAAAAGAAUAAUGCUUUUGUCAAAAUAA